GUACCGUGCAGCAGGCACAAGCCGCUGGGCGCGCAGGAGAAGCCGCAAAAAAUUACAGCAGCCGCUACUUGAAACUGCGAGGAAAGCAGAGGGAGCGUCGGAACUUCGGUGUACACGAGGCCAGAGAUCCAAAAUGGGAGGCAAGCUCAGCAAAAAGAAGAAGGGAUACAACGUAAACGAUGACAAGGCCAAAGACAAGGAUGCCAAAGCGGAGGGGGCCUCUCCUGAGGAGAGCGAAGCACCGAAAGACAACAAAGACGAGGCCCCGGCUGCCGCUGAUGCUAAAGAGGUAGCGAACGACACGGCAGCCAAGGAGGCGCCGGCAGCAGACGCUGCGGCGCCCAAAGAGGAGGAGAAGAAUGCAGCUCCUCCAGCAAAGGAGCCUGAGAAACCUGCCGCCAACGCUGACCCGAAAACAGAGGCGCCCAAGAGCGCAGAGCCCGCCAAGGCUGAGGAGAAACCAGCUGCCCCCGCCGCGGUCAAAGAGUCGGCCCCCGCUGCCAAGGAGCCGGAGGCCAAGGCUGCGGCGGCCGAGAGCAAAGAUGAGGCCGACGCCAAAAAGACUGAGGCCCCCGCGGCACCAGCAGCCAAAGCCGAGGCGGCCCCCGCUGCCUCCCCUGACCCCAAGCCCACAGAGGCGGCAGCGGCAGCUCCCGCACCGGCGAAGGAGGCCGCCGCAGCCCCUAGUUCAACACCAGCCGCCGAACCUCCAGCCAAGGAGGCGAACGCCACAGAGGCACCAAGCAAGGAUCAAACCGUAGCAGUUCAAGAUUAAUGGACAGCUUCUUUUCGGAAAUGAAAAAAUAAAGUACCUAACUCAACGACGAUGAAGAUUAAAAAAAUGAAAAUGAAAAUUAACUAGCCCACCCAUAUUAUGAUAAUAACAAUAAUAAUAAUAAUUGUAAUGAUGAUGAUGAUUUAUUGAAUAAGGAGGACUGGAGCAACCACCUGGAGAAGUUUCCCACAGCUGCAGAUGAUUAUUGCUAUUAUUAUUGUUAUGUUUUAUUCUAUUUUUUUCUGCUGUAGUAUUUGAACUUUGAUACGAGUCUGUGUCGGCCAUACGCCUCGCCAUUCCACAUCCAUCAUCCCUCUCCCUCAUACGGUCAAGAAGUUUAACCUGACUCCCAUCUCGGCCCACAGAAGGCCCGCGUUUGGACUUCUGUCGGCCCGCGUUCAUACAUUCACCUGCACCCUCCGCUCUGUGGAUGUCAGAAAACUAAAUUUAGGGAAAUAGGUCUGAGGGGAGGAGGAGGAGGGCGGGAGGGGAUUUAAGAAAUCACUUUUCCAGCUGGACGUCUAUUGAAUCUGUCCACUCUUCAGCUCUCCUCUGUCCACUCAUCCUCCUCUUCAGAGUGUCGUGUUCUCGGCUUUGGUCUGGUACCUCCAGUUUUUCAGUGCCGUUGAAUUGUGGUUGUGUCCUUUUUUUUUUUUAUUCCAUUCUCUCCCCUUAGCUUUUUAGGUAUUGUUGGGUUGUUUUGCCACCCCUUUUUUCUUCUUGGGGUUAAACACCACUUUUUUUUUUUUCCCAAAAUGGCCCAAACUGUGAAGAACCUUUUUAAAAAGGGAGAUUAAAUUCAUUGCAGGGACUGAGAAUGUUCAGGCUUUCUAAGACAUUUCUGAGGUUGAAAAAGGCUGGCAGAACAAAAUACAUUCUUAGACGCAUAAAAAAGUCAUAGGAAUUUUUCAGAUAAACUUCUAGAUUUUGUACUGAAACCCUUAGGUAUAUUGUAAGUGAACUAAGAGGUUUUUUAACAUUUUUAAUACACUUAUAAAAUCUGCAACGCCUCACUGAAAAAAAAUCUCUGCAGUGUUCUUAACAAGUCUGAUGGAAAUCUCUGAUCCUCCAUCUGAAUCUGAUAAGAUUUUACAGAUUAUACUUUUGUUUUGUUUUGUUUUGUUUUUAAAUGACAUAUCUACUGCCGACCUGGGUUAAAUAGGCAUUACGACCACAUCCUAGAGAUUGUUUGCUUAUUAUGAUAUACCAAGUACGAUUAUACCAAGUUGGUGAUGUUUACUGCGUCGUCAGGAGAGUUCAGAUAGUGACGCUUCAGUCGUGUCUCUCAAAAGAAAACAGACUAAACUGGUGCUCAAGCACUUUCCGGUGAUAGUCUUCAGUUUCUGGCUCAUGUAGCUGGAAAAAAGAACUCAAACUCUUAACUUAGGAAAAGAAAAGCAUUUGACUUAAGUCAAGGAUCAGCAGCAAAAUCUACUCAAGUAGCAAACAUAUUGAUUAAGAGUUGAGAAAGGAAAAAUCACAAAAUAUUGGGGAUAUAAUUGGGGAUACAUUUAUCUAAAAGAAACCCCCAAACUGAGAAGAACUUUUCCUGUUUCUGGAUCAGUUAAAGCAUUAAAUGCGCAUAAAUAGUUGAAAACAAACUGCUUUAACCUCUUUCUCUAAAACAGAUUUUCAUGGCAGCACUCUGCCAGUUUGGUUUUUUCCUCACCUUGAAAUUAGCUUUGUUUUGGUAAAUUUGUGUGCAGCCAUAAUGAUUUUGUCAACAAAAGAUAAACUUAAUACUCGGAGGAAAUGUGACUCAAUAACAGAUUAAUGUUGGUAAAGGUUAAUAAUUUCAUUUAAACACUCUCCAACCAGGUUAAACGAAGGUUUAAAGUGAUUUAAAGCAGGAGCUUCAGUAAAGCAAUCUGUCCCGUGGAGCAAACCUCAACAGUUUGGUAUCUAAGCAGGUGUAAACACCCCAGAAGAGAUCAUUUCCAGGUGUUUUUGCUGUUUGGCCCAGGUCUCUCAGUUAUCAGCAGUCUGGUCCCAUCUAGGCAGCUGAGAGCAGCCGCAGGGCAGGAGGGCGGAUUUUAAUGAAUGAUCAGAUAAUCAGCCAUCAGCAGUCUACUCGAUCAACUUCGGCCCACGUUUCUAUGGCAACACUACGCCAUGCUAUCAUUACGGGAUGGAAAAGCCUUGCACAUGAAAGGGAGCCUCUGAUUUGGUCAUUUUCACCCAUCAUGCAUUUACCUUUUACGUUUCAGAAAUAUAUAUAUUACAUGUAUGUGCAUAUAUGCAGCGGUGGAAGACAAAUACUUACAUCCUUUACUCGAGUGAAAGUAGCAAUAUUACUGUGGAAAAAUACUUUUAAUCAUAAGUAUUCACAUUUUUACUGAAGUAAAGAUGCAGUAAGUAGCAGUAAUAAGAACUUUAAGUAUCCAAGAUAAAACUUUAAGAAAGAAAGAAGGAAAGAAAGAAAGAAACUAGAGGUAAAAACUACAAAGUAUCUGAAGUGAAAGUAGUAAUAGUGAAUAAAAAACACUUUGUAUUUCCAGUUUGGGGGGUUUCCAUGCUUUUAGAUCAGAAGAAAUGAAGGAAAGAAGAAAAGAAAGUAAAGAAAGAAAGAUUGAAAGACAAGACAUAAGUACGUCAUGAUGAAUAUAAAAUCUGAGUGUAUAAAGUAACCACUAUAUAUUUUCCUUUUGGAGAUGUAGUUUACAAAAUAUUGAACCAGUCAAGUGAAGUACCAGCACCUCAAAAUUGUACUUGAGAGUACUCGAGUAAAUGUACUUCCCACCUUUUGCAUAUAUGUAGGAUUAUAUGUAUAUAUUUACUCAUCUCAGCCAUCCAUUCGCCAACUUUUUUCUUUUUAAUCCAACUGACACACAACGUUUUUUUCCUCGCAGCACUUGUCAAACCGUAGCAGAAACAAACACUUCAGGAGCGUUGUGUGUCACUUGUUUCGGGGUUUUUUUUUUUUGGUUUUUUUUGUUUUUGUUUUUUUUUCUUCCUCUCUUGACUCAGUAAAUUGCAUGUCCGUGGUUGGGUGAACCUGUAGUCCUGUCUUUUUGGUCAAGUGGAAAAAAAUAAAAAUAAAAAAAAUUCUCAAGUCUGCAUCCAUGGCAACUACAGUUGAUAUUUUCAUCCCAUGUCUCACCACUCUUCUAUCUCCACACCACACAUUCAUUUAAAAACAAACAAAAAGAUGAUAUGAAAAUUGAUGCAUUCAAAAUUAUAUGUACUUGUAUAAAUGGUGCAACAGUAAUAAAAUGUAAGAAAUUGACUGAAACUUGA